AUGCACGGCGUGAAACGAGUUUUGGCCUUUUGUUGUUUGGUAGCAAUAGUUCCAACAGUCUUGAUUAUUUGUCCGCUCUAUUUAAAGCAUGAAGUAUUUAAGGAUACAAUUUAUUCAGUAGCUGAGUCAGAUGUUUUGGAAGUACGUCAGGGAAUCUCAUCAAUUUUUUGUCAAGAGCAUGUUCUUAAAAUGAAUACCACGUUCAGUGCAUUUCAACUUCGUAAGAUGCCAAUCGAGUCAAAAACAAGGAAGCAUAUAAGACUUAAAAAAUCCAUGAUAGUUCCUGAUGACACAUUGGAGUAUUGGGGUUUCUAUUUGGGUCAAGGUUCGACCGUUGAAUUAAAAGUUUGUUCACUUUUAGAAGGCUCAAGAUUACUCGUAGUAAAAGGUGAAAGGAAUUUGAGAACUUGUGGAUUAUUAGAACAUAACAAAAAUAAAUUCGGAAUCGCAUACAAUGCUGAAAAAUCACAAGUUAAAGUAACAUUCGAAACUGCAGCAGAGAUUGUUGACCCUGAUAUAAUAACGCGAGAAGAAAAUACACAUCUGUCAUCUAAAGAGAAAUCUUCUCCUCUUUUUGACGAUGAAUCAAUGUUUGAUAAUGCGGCAGAAGAGUUUGACGAUGAAGUACUUAAGAAAAAGAAAAAUUAUGGCUCGUUAAAUUAUUUAAAGAAUGAGAAAAAUUCGAUACAAAAUGAUAAUGAUGACAAAAAUCUCAUAUCAGAAGAUCUGAAAAUUAAAACAAAAUCAAAUGAUGCAAAUGAAAUUAAAAGUCAUGCAAAACGUCACUUUAAUUCACAUAAUAAGAAAACUACACAAAGGCAAUCGUCUAAUAUAAACAACAAUAGCAAUAUCCGAACAAAACGUGACACUAUUUUAGAUAGAGGAAUUAAUCACGGUGGAAAUGCUCAAAGCUACCGACCAAAAAAUCAGUCUGACUCAAUUUCUAGCUUUGAGAACUCAUUACUUGAGUGCUUUGAUGGGCAAAUUUUGGUCGCAAAGUAUUUUCCACCAUCCAAAAACUGUAAUAGUGUCAAAUAUUUGGAGCAAGGAGCUCACCUAGUUAGUAAGCACGAUGUUAGCACAAAUGGAUAUUAUUAUUAUAUAUUUUUCUCAGAUAACGAUGAUGCCUUUAAUCACAUUCAUGCAGUUUUUGACAUUUUUAAGCCCACUUACCUAUAUUCAAAUAUAUCUGAAACCAAAGGGUGCAUAAAUUUAACAUACUGUAAUUUUAAGGUACAAAUGUUUUCUGAUGAAGUUGUUAUUGUCGAGGUUCCCACAAGAGAUGGCAUUGAGCAUGAAGAUGAUGAUAUAUCUCUGUUGGUUUCUCAAUAUAAUUUUGAACUGAUUUUUACAUGCUCAUUUGGUGCAGUCUUACCCGAUAAUCAUUUACUAUAG